UGAUUCACGCCACGCUUGUCAGAUUAUGCAAACUACCAUAAACGGAAUUCGUUUCUCUUAUUACAUUAAAAUUUGAAUUUUUACGACCUACUUACUGACAGUCAAGUCAUUCAACCUGGGAUUAUUUCUUUGUGAAGCGCUAAAGUAGUUCUUUGUGUAUUAUUGUUAAUCAAUAUUUGCUAAUUAUACCUCAGGUAGCGGCGUUGAAUUUUAUGCUAAUAUAGUGACAUGCUUGUUUAUACAUUGUAGCAAAUAUGUGAAACUGGAAAAUUCAAGUCGGAAUACUAAAAGACGGUUUAACGAAUCUCUUUAAUUUGGAAAUAAAGUUAAUAUUUAAAUAACGUUGAAGUGAAGAUUACAAGAUGUGACACGGGAAACAAGGGAGCGGUGUUUCGACAUAUAAUACGUGAUAUAUUUAUUUAUAUAUUUAUUUCCGUGUGAUAUCUUUGUGUGACGUAAUCAGUCAGAAUGCAUGAGACUAAGGCUAAAGCACUAGCACUCAGUGGGACUGUCCUUGCACUGGUGUCGACGUUUUUUCAUAUACUCGGGUUUUCAACCCCGCACUGGUUGGAGAGCUUUGAGCAGGCAAAGUCACGAUUCGACAGGAUCGGACUAUGGACCGCUUGCUUCCACAACUUUGGCUACGACAGGGACCAGCUUGGCAAGUUGUAUGACGGUUGCCACUGGAUCUAUUCCUACGAGUACAAGCCAAUAUUUGACUGGCUAAACCCACAAUGGUUCCUGGCAGUACAGGUUAUCAUGACGCUGGUUCUCAUCAUCAAUUGUGUGACGUCAUUUAUUCUGAUUCUUGGCAGAUUUAUGGAAAAAGGUCUAGUGUACACGGAGUUUUCCUCCCAGUUUAUAACGUCAAUGGGAAUGUUCACUUCUGGUUUGAUGACGGCUUUCUGUGUUACAUUAUUUGGGAUAAAAUCUGAUGUGGACAGACAGUGGUUCCCUCGACCUGACCAGAAUUACCUAUCCUGGUCGUUCGGCCUGGUCGUUGUGUCCGGAUUCUUUGCUAUUUUCGCAGCGAUGUGUCUCCUCUUCGACAGCUUAAGGAUCAAGUGGGACAAUGAAAAGAAAAGCAUGGCGGCAGAGCCAUACAAACAGUAUAAAAUGAAACCGGUUCCCCCGCAAUAUGAGUGAUAAAAUAUUGUUGAGCUCAAAAGUGUUUUUAUUACAUUAAUGUAUACGGUUUCAUAUUUUAAACUAGAUCUCACUUUUGUCAUGUAGAUUUGGUGUAAGUCAUACAUUAUCCGUAUUACAAGUUACAUCAUACAUUUCCAUUAUAAUAGGCUGAAUUGUUACGCCUGCUAGUGUUUGCUUUAAAUUUAUUUAUCAAGGGGGCACGUACAGAGUAAAGAUUAAUUGAGCAAAAUGUUUCACUGUAACAUAAAGGCGAAAUUUUGGAUCAAAAACUGCAUGCUCUUGAGUUUCUUAACCAGUAAGUGGGGUUUUGUUUUAUAAUUCAUUAAAUAAUGUUAGCAGUUGUUUGGGUUGGAUGGAAUGUUGCAAAUAAAUGUCUUGAUUUUUGACAUAAUUGUACCACUGAUCGUCCUCCUACAUGAUAUUUGAGUUGGAGACCAAUAUCAGAACACAGUUUUACAAUAAAUCAAUUUUUAAAACUAAGUUUAGAAAGAUAGAUUCAGUAAACAACCUGUCAGGACCUAAGUUAUAUAACUGAAUUUUGAAACCACGAGACGUUUCUCCAGUUUCAGUUCAGCUGUAGAGUUGAGAAUUAUCUUUAUGAUCGAGAACAGUAGACGUGUAUAACAUGCAGGAAGGUGAUAUUAUAUAUCAUUUAUUUAGUAGUAUUAGAUGAUUUAACAUUAUUCUGCACAAUACAACGAUAUGAACGAGUACACAUUUGAAAGAAAAAACACAAUAUGCAAUCCGACACGGGAGAGUUCAAUAUAUGCUUUUGGAUGGAUACGAGGCCAACUAUAUUCCGUAUUGUACAGGACAAUGUCAAAUGUGUGUUUUUUUAUAUUUUAUUCUUAUUUUUCUCAGUCAAUAAGAAACACAAUUCAUAUACAAACAUCUCCUCAAGGGUUUACUGAUGUUGAUAUUCACGCGGAUACAUUAAUUUUACCGAUCAAAUUUAGUCGUAUUGGUUUUUAGAUAACAUGUAGAUUCAAAAAAGGUUGUUGCGUCGUCCAAUACAGAAUAUAUUGAGUCCUAAACGGACAUAUAUAUGGACAAUCACUAGUUUAGAUGCGAAUCGCUGAAUAGAAGAGAGAAAUAUGUACAAGACAAAAUAUAGGCAUGCGGCUGUUAGCAGAUUCACAAUCGCCUCUCGGUGCAAUACUAACUGGCAAAAUUUUACAUUCAUUUUUCAUAAUUUAGGUCGAACAUAUGUUUAUUUCUUAAAUAUUCACACGGGCUUUUUACUCUUUAACAGAUAUUUGACAUACAUGUCUCUUUGGCUAAUGACUCACUUAUAAGACUAUAUCAUUUAAUACAUGAUUAUCUAAUAUAAUUAUUUGGCAAAUGACAAGCCAUGACAUAGUUCAUGCGAAAACUGCAGCGGCAUAGGGCAGUUUAAUACCUUGUGAUAUAUAUAUACAAUAUUUCGAUAUUCACAUACGUAUUAUUUUCCCAUAUCCAGCCGUCUUUUUUUAUAUGUUUUCACAUGUUGAGAGUUAAUUUCAUACAUUAUAUUUUGGGUAUAUAAGACAAAAUGAUAUUAAUAUUAAGCAAGGUAAAUAAAAGACCUGUUACUGACAUUUUUGAUAAUUUAAGGGUUAUCUAAAUAUGAAUAUGUUUCAAAGAUUUCUGAUUAAUUGUGAAAUGUAAAAAAGUUUAUUUCUAUCUUGGUCGAUUGUAACUGAAAUGUGUUUUUCUGUAUCAUAUGCAACAUGUUUCACGGUAUCCAUUUGAUGCCAGAUUUGUAAAAUAUGAUAUUAAUAAAUGCUUUGUGAAACAGGGCCCUGGAGAGUAGUGCUGUUUUCGUUUUAUUUGUAUUUGUUUUAUGUAUUGAUACUAACUUUUAUGUUAUUAUAAGAUGCCUGCAAUUUGUAUAUUGUGAUACACAGUAACUCUGCCAUGACAUUUCGGAUUAAAACUUAACAAGAAGA